GGUUUCGCACGGUUGGGCUGGGAUGGCGCCUGUAAGACGACACUAGCAACAAGUGGGGCUGAGAGAGGCUGCCCCGCAGGAUCUACUGCCGAUCGAUGCGUGGCGCGACGACGUGGCUGGCGCUUGCCUGCGGCGCGGCACGCGCCGCGGACGUCGUCGAGACGUGCGCGUGGAACGUGCACGAGGCGACGUGCGCCGGACCGCGCGCGUACGCCGCGCAGCGCGCGUACUACGACGAGGUCGUCGCCCUGGACGCGCACCUGCGGUCGGUGGGCGCGCCGCCGGCGGAAGGGCACUCGGCCAUGUGCCCGCGCGCGGUCGCGCACAUGCGGGCCGUCGCGCGCGCCGCGGCCGAGACGUCGCAACUCGUGCGCGUCUGCGAGGUCGGCUUCAACGCCGGCCACUCGGCGCUCAACUGGCUCGCGGCGGAUCCCCGGACCGCCGUGGACGCGUUCGACCUCGGCGCGCACCCAUCGGCGGCGGCGGCCUUCGCGUACCUCUCCAAAAAAUACCCGGGCCGGCUCCGGCUGACGCUGGGCGAUUCGCGCGCCACCCUUCCCCUCGUCGACCACGCGAAGGCCUGCGAUGUCGUCUUCAUAGACGGUGGCCACGACGGUGACGUGCCCGCCGCCGACCUCGGCAACCUCGCGCCGCUCGCGGCACGCGGCGCGCCCCUGCUCGUCGACAACGCGAACAUGGCUCCCGUGCGCGCCGCAAUCUCCAACGCGACGGCGCGCGGCAUGAUCCGCGAAGCGGGUACGCUCCGAGAGUCGUGCUCGCCGUCGCUCGCCGCGUCGGCCUUCGCGACGGACGACCCGAACCCGCCGGUCGACCCCGCGUUACUCGGCGCCGUCGACCACAUGCACUGGUGGAAUGAGCUCUGGAUCGGCGAGUACGUGGUAGCGUGAGCUGCUGCCGGCUUUUUUUAUGUCCUGUUAAAACAACUGGUGUCGUGACACAAAA